AUCGAACUAGUGAUUGACGUCAUUCGAUAUUAUUUUAUCGAUAAAACCGAAACCAGAUUUGAUUCGAAAUAUUUAUCGAUUAUUUUUGUAAAAUGAGUAUCGAUUCGAACUCGUCGGCCAAGAGGCUUAAUCUUGAGAGAGCUACAAACUUUAUGAGACAGUUCCGCGAUCCGGACUCCAGGGAGCUGAAGAAACUCUCCGCGAACCAAUUUAUGGAAGUCUGGAGCCAUUACGACAGGGACGGUAAUGGCUACAUUGAGGGCAACGAGCUGGAUGGGUUCCUGAAAGAAUUCGUAUCGAGCGCCAACUUCACAGACAUUAGCCCUGACGCGGUGUCGGAUGAAAUGCUAGUCGAGCUGAAGGCCUGCUUCAUGGAAGCUUACGAUGACAACCAAGACGGAAAGAUUGACAUACGAGAGCUAGCCCAACUCUUGCCAAUGGAGGAGAACUUUCUUCUUCUCUUCAGGUUUGACAACCCUCUCGAGUCCAGCGUGGAGUUCAUGAAGAUUUGGCGGGAAUACGAUACAGACGGCAGCGGAUACAUAGAGGCUGAUGAACUAAAGAAUUUUCUACGAGAUCUCCUAAGAGAAGCAAAGAAAAUUAACGACGUGUCAGAAGACAAGCUCAUUGAAUAUACAGAUACCAUGCUCCAAGUUUUUGACUCGAACAAAGAUGGCCGAUUACAACUGUCAGAAAUGGCAAAACUGCUACCCGUCAAAGAGAAUUUCCUCUGUAGACAAGUGUUUAAGGAGGGCAUAGAGGGCGCUACGAAACUUACGAAAGACGACAUCGAAAGGGUAUUUUCUUUGUACGAUAGGGAUAACAAUGGCUCCAUCGAAAACGAGGAACUUCGCGGAUUUCUCAAGGAUUUAUUAGAGUUAGUUAAAAAGGACUACGACGCCCAAGACUUGUUAGACUUUGAAGAGACAAUCCUCCAAGGUGUGGAAUACAGCAGCGAGGGAAAAAUCAGCAGGAAACAACUAACCAUGAUACUUCUAGCGCUUGCCAAGCACCAUCAAGAAGAAGAACUGGCCACCCCAUAAGUGUAUCCGAACGUAACCGUCACUCCGUCCCAAUAUCCAAACGAAUUUCUAGCGACGCGUCGUUUUGACACAUUCAACGCCAUAUAGAUAAAAUAGUGGGGACUAAUUUGAUUUCUUUACACUAUACUAUUUCUGUUCAAACGUAGGCUAGCCUGUACGCGAGUAAUGUUUCCCCGAGCUUAAAUCCCUCAAACGUAUCGAACCGCUCUAGCCAGGUUUGGCAAACGUUCGCAGUACCGGCCCCCAUUCUACGACUUAAGCAAUAGAUGGGGGUCCGGGGUGUUUUUAGUCCGUGGACGUUGCACAUAUACCCACGCUAAAAGAAAACCUCAAAAUAUCCGUAAAUGACAUUUCGUUUCAAAAAGUCACGACACUUGUCUUAACACCUACAUACUUUCGAGCGCUUUCUUUUGACGUUAACGACACUUAACGGAAAAUCAAGGUCACGCGAUUUCUGGACAAGGAAUGCCAUACCCGUACGUUUGAGCAAUACAACACCGAAGCUUGUAUAAAUCUAACUUGUUUAAGGGCCCAAGUCUUAAAGUAUAAGUUGUCUGCCUCGUGUACUCAUGUACAAUGUCAAUGUAAUCAUAUAUCAGAACAAUAACAUGUAAUUACUUACCUUCUAAACGGUCUAAUAAUAGCUGCCAUUAUAAGAACGAUACAGUCGGCCAUUAGUAAGAAUUGUAUGAAGUAAUAAGAGCGUCCUAAUGACUGGUUAUCGUGACAUAAUAGUAACGAAUUUUACCGGAAAACUUAUAUGAAACUUGUAACUAUUACGGUAAUAAUGAAUAUGGGUCAUUUUUGAGGCACUAAAUGUCAUACAUUGAAAAGACAAUUUAAAUACGUUUGCUUGAUUUUAAGAUUUAAGUAUCGAACUUAGUACUUACGCUUUGAGCUCUUAAAACAGUACCUAGUCUUGCAGUUUUGAAACUGAAAAGCUAAGGUGCCUGCAAACAAGAGUUAAAUCUGAGCGCUAGUGAAAUUGCUCAAACUUACCAACAGCCUCUGAAGCCGCAAGCGUCAAUAGAAAUCGCUUAAAUGUAUGAAAAUGCCAUUUCGUGACUUCUGACAUUUUCUGAUCUGUCAUUUUCAUCCAUUCGAACGUUUCCUUCAAACGACUGACUAAGAGAACUGGUAAUUUACAGUCACGUGACAAAUCAAAGCGGAUUGUCUGUCAAAGUUUUGGCGUUUUCUAUUGUAUUACAAUGUAACUUUGUGUAGGACCUCAAUGAAACACGGCUUAGGGACAUCUCGCAUACGCGAUAGCCAUUUCUUUAUUUCAAAGCCCAAUCUGAGUACCUUCAAUGAAUCCUUUAAAAAUCUUUUCUUAUUUUAUUUUUUUAAACUAGUCUAUCAUUAUGACAUUGAAUGUGCGAAAACAAAUAAUAAGGUUGGGAUAAAUAGUUGUUAUAUAGUGUGUUAGUCGAUUCGUGAUUCGCUGUAACAUCUUUUCAUGUUCAUAAUGCCUCUGAAAAUUUGGAAAACAUUUUUUUAAUACUCCCCACAAUUAAUUUUAAAUGAAGCACAAACUAGAAACGUAAUAUACCUUGGAUAAGUAAUUUUAGCAAGAAUUUUAAUCUACAUUACAAAUUUGAACUGACGCGGUAAAAACACUACAUGACUUAGGAUUUCUUACUCGUAAUAAGAGUGGUGUAUUAAUAGCAAGGUACGUCAAAGCCCCUAAUUACGUAUCUGUAAGGACUAACGAGAUUGUAUACUUAGUGCGAGUGAACCUGCUUAGAUAAGUCGCCGGGUCAGUGCGUGAAUCCGUGCUCUCUGUACUUGCAAACUUGUAAAACUAAAAUCUCGUCAGGAUUAGACACUGGCGAAGCUAUGAUCAUAAUUCGUUUCUGGAAUCGAGACAAAUUGUGAUACCUUCUCGAUAACCAACUUGCCAAGUACUAGAAAAAAAGAAAUAAUUACAACCAGAAUGUCAAAUUAAGUACCUAGAUGUUUGAUAAGAGAAAGGAAGAAAACGUAUUUGCUUAGAUUGCGCACUCUCUAUUUUACUUUUAAAUACCCUUGGUGCUGACAGAUGACGUAUAGAACAGAAGAGGCUUUUAAUGCAAUACACCGGCUAUUGUAUUAAAAGCGUCUGUAAUCACUCUUAAUUAAAAGCCUUAAUUCAUUGUAGUGCUUUACCUCUUGAUGUCAGAUUUUUCCAUAAUCAUUAAAUGUUGUAAAUCGAUUCAGACCACAACUAAUUAUAAUACACUUACAUUUUCGUAAUUUGAUAACACCAAACAUUUUAGUAAAUUUACUAUUUAUUCAUUAAGAACAUACAUAACUUUAUAUUUGGACUAGAGGUGUGGUUUCGUUAUUGUAAUUCGACUAAUCGAUUUAACUCGACUAUUUAUCGUACCUAAUUAGGAGCUUAUUUUUCUUUUAUCGGUGUUUCAUUGUUAGGCUGUGUUUUUUAUUAAAUUAAGACACAAAAUAGAGUGCAAACUAUAUAAUAAAUUGAAUAAACAUACUCAUUACAAAGCCAAAUCGUAUGCCAAAUAUUUUAAAUAUAGCUAUCUAUUUUAAAAUUCUUGAUCACAGUCUACCCCGUCCUUGAAGGGUUGAAGGGUAAAUACUUACAAUUUGUAUUAAAUAAGAGAUGGUUGAGAAAAAAAAAUAUUUAAAUCGAUUUUCUGGUCAAUUCGACAACUUUUUCACGUAUUAAGUAUCGCAAGUCAAUUUGAACACUAGGCUUUUUCCAUCUCUAGAUAGAACUUUAAAUGGCCGAUCCCUAACAUUACCCGGAAUCGAUGAAAAAUUUAUGUACCUAUUUCUUCAAUAUCGUCUCUGUUUCCCUAAAUUUAUUUCAAUUUUCCAAAGAUUCAUAGUUAGUCAUAAACUAUUUUCGUAAACCGUUUUUAAAUGUAGACUAACAAGCAACUGUAUUGAAUCUGAUACAUACAUAUCAUUCCAAAUCACAUAGGCACAUCUUCCGAAUAGGUAUUUUAAUAAAUAUGAGAGUUGUUAAUUAAGAUUUUUAAAACUAUUACCAUAACGCAAAAUAACUUUAGUAUUAACUCACGAUCCUGAAAAGAGGUUGUUUGAGGUCAAACUUUUGCAAUUUUAGUGAAAACUGAUUCAUUGGGUCUAUAAAAGUAUAGCAUGAAAAAUAUAACAACCUGAAAAAUGAACAUACGACGCGUUAAAGAAUAAAUAAAUAAAUACGGAGAAAUAUCAUAAUGUAAUGCAAUUAAUUAAGUUCGAUUCACGUGGCAUAAGUUGAUGAAUUGUUUCGUAAUUUUCAAAUCUUAAUUAAUCAACUCACUACAUGAUUUUUAUAACCAAAAUUAAUUAAACAAAAUCAGUUUCAGUUUUAGUUUUAUGUAACAUUUUACCCUUUUUGUAGAAAAAAAAAAUAGGACCCAUCCAACUAUUUUAAAACGAUACUAAACAAGACAAACCAUUACUUUGUCACUUUAACAGUUGGUAUUAUGCCUCUUAUGAAAAUAAAAUCUUUUACCCUUCAAUGCAAACUUCUUUAGUAAAUCCUGAUAGUAUUUACCUACACUGAGUAAUCAUACACACCUCCGAAUGCAGAAUUAAAUAACUUGCA